AUGUGUUAUCAUUCUUUAAUUGAAGAAUCUUACUAUGUUUCUAUUAUUAUUCUUGAAGAACGUAGUCAAUCACAUUUACCAUCAUCUAUUGAUUGUAAUGUUAAUGGUAUUUUUAAAACAGUAGAUAUAUUAAGACAUGAUUCAUCAUUUGAUAAUACUAUCAAUGAUGAACAUCGUCGUUUAAAUCAUCGUACACAACCAUUAUGUUUAUCUAAAACACGUCAUUCAAAUCGUUAUAGUCAACGUGCUAUAGCACAAUUUAUGCAUGAAAGACAUAAAGCAUGUUUACGACGAAAUCAAAAAGCAAGUCGAAUGCUUGGUAUUUUACUUGCUGUUUUUCUUAUUUGUUGGCUUCCAUUUACAAUAUCUUAUCCAACAUCAAUUAUUUAUCCAAAUAAAUUUCCAAAUAUACUUCAAUGUAUUGUAUUUUGGUUUGGUUAUGUUAAUUCAUUAUUAAAUCCAUUUUUAUAUGUAUAUAGUUCACGUAAUUUUCGUCAAGCUAUUAUUGAAACAUUAUGUUGUCAUGUUCGAUUACGAUCACGACAACGAUUACGUUAUCAAUGGUCAUUUCGUGCUGCUCAGAAAUAA